UAAUUGUUCGGGUGCCAUCUUUUGUAAAGUGAAGUGGUGAUAAAACGAUGGACUUACGUCCUACCAAAGUUUGAAACGUUUGUGUUUUCUAAAUUAAUAAUGGAUAUGACGAUGUAUCUGACGGCCCCCUUACAUAUUGAUAAAAUUUGUAGGGCCUGUUUAUCAGAAAAAGGAGAUAUGAGACCCUUAUUUGGAGCAUGUUUAGAUGAAAUGUUAAAUACUUUUGCAUCUCUCCAGGUAGCAGAAAAUGAUGGCUUUCCUCAUCUUAUGUGUGUGCAAUGUGUCCUACAAUGUAGCAGAGCUUACACUUUCAAACAGCAGUGUGAGAAGUCAGAUAAUAUUCUACGACAAUAUCUAUCACCAGACUUUCAGAAACAACUAUCAGACACACUUGCCGAGAAACAGAGGGAACAAGUUAAACAAGAAUUACAAGAACAGCUGCAGUUUUCUGAACAUCUAGGUACUGUUAUUAUUGAGGAAGAUAUUCCAGAGUUCGUUACAUAUACUGAUGACGACCAAGUAGUGGUGAAAGAGGGUUUAUAUACAAUCGAAACCACAACAGUAUCAGAAGCAACAACUGAAGAAUUAAGCGAGGGUAUUGUUUUACAGCUUGAAGAGAAACAACCAGAAGAUACUAGCAAUAAACAAAAAUAUUCUUGUAAAAAAUGUGAUCAAUCGUUUCCAUUAAAAGUUGAUCUAAAGGUCCACAUGAUGACUCAUCCAAAAGACCUCGACUUCGAAUGUCACGUAUGCGAUAAAGCCUUUAGCGAAGCUAGAAUCCUAAAACGACAUCUAAAAAUUCAUUUAGAACAGAAACCGCAUCAGUGCGAUCAGUGUGAUAUGUCGUUCGCUGAGAGUUCCAACCUCACUAAACAUAAAAAGAAACAUACAGGAGAAUUAAGGAACAUCAAAGGGAAACCGCAUCUGUGUUCAGUCUGCGGCCGGGCGUUCAAAUGGGCUUCUAGUUUGUCAAAACACAUGAAAUACCAUACUGGACAUAAAUUGUUGUCGUGUGAAUAUUGUGGAAAACAAUAUGUUGAGGCCAGAAGCUUGAAAAUUCAUAUUAGAUCGCACACGGGAGAACGCCCGUACGUAUGUGAAGUUUGUGAAAAGGGCUUUACUCAAAUUUGCAACUUGGAAAAACAUCUCAGGGUCCAUACUGGAGAAAAGCCGUUUUCGUGCCCGAUUUGUAACAAAAGGUUCACUCAAUCGGGAUAUGUAGGAAUUCAUAUGCGAACUCAUACUGGUUCCCGUCCGUAUGUUUGUGGUACUUGCGGUAGAGCAUUUGCCGGUUCUAGUACACUGAAUAUCCACCAGCACGUUCAUACAGGAGAGAAACCUUACACUUGCCAAGUUUGCAAUAAAUCCUUUAGUCGACACGAAACUUUGAUUAUUCACACUAGAUCACACACUGGAGAAAAGCCACACGUUUGUGUGGUGUGCAAUAAAGGAUUCACUAGUUCUGGGUUGUUGUCUGGCCAUAUGAGGACUCAUACUGGAGAGAAACCCUAUGCUUGUGUGUGCUGUGAUAAAAAGUUUGCAAGUUCCAGCAGUCUAAAGGUUCACAUGAGGUCCCAUACUGGAGAUAAACCAUUCACUUGUAAAAUUUGCAAUAAAAGAUAUUCGCAGAGUAGUUCUCUACAGCAGCAUCUAGCGUCACAUAAAAAAGCAGAACUGAAAGUGGAAACGGUCCAUGUAACGCUACCGGAAUUAAUCACUGUGGAUAAUCAAACCAUUCAGGUACAAGCAAUAACAAAUAUAUAAAUAUAUCUAUAGAAACCGAAGUCGCGUGCCACAGAAGUGUAUGAUUGUAUAAGGAGUAACAGAAGAAAAUGUUAAUUGUUUUAUUUACAGUUUUAUGAGUUAUAUAUUACCAUUAGCCGUGUAAUUGUGUUCAUAAAAGUCUGAAGUCAAUAAGAGAAAUUAA